AUGCGCAUUGAAGGAGUUCGGGCCGAUGAGUAUACUCAUGCUGCGAUUAUGAAUGAAUUUGCUUCCCGCUCGCAAUGCGGUUUGGUUGGCUCGGCUUUGCUACUGUUGGAAGAGAUGCAUGACCCAGAUAUUGUUUCUUGGACGACAGUUAUUUCUGGAUUCUCAAAUAAUUGGUGUGUGAAGGAAGCCUUUUGGUCAUUUAAAAAAAUGCAGUUAGCCAAUAUCAAGCCAAAUUCGUUCACUUUAGAGGUUGUGAUCAGUGCUUGUGCCGAUUCUAGUGCAUUUCAAAAGGGUAAACAAUUUCAUGGCCAUGUUAUUGUGGGAAGUGCCAUUGUACAUAUGUAUUCAAAGUGUGGUGAGAUGGAGGAUGCACUCAGGGUAUUUGAGAACAUGCCUGAGAGAGACAUUGCUUCUUGGAAUGGAAUUAUAUGUGGAUUUGCCCAAAAUGGUGAAGCCACGAAGGCACUCAAGCUGUAUGAUGAGUUGUUGCUAUCUGAACCGUCUGUCAUUGCCCCAAAUGAUGUCACGUUUAUUGGCGUGCUUAACACAUAUAGUCACGGUGGAUUGGUAAGAGAGGAUAUAAUUACUUCACUGACACGAUUAAUAGAUACAUGA